AUGCCCGAUUAUGCCCAUUAUGCCCCAUUAUGCCCCAUUAUGCCCGAUUAUGCCCCAUUAUGCCCCAUUAAGCCCAUUAUGCUCCAUUAUGCCCAUUAUGCCCCAUUAUGCCCCAUUAUGCCCAUUAUGCCCCAUUAUGCCCGAUUAUGCCCUAUUAUGUCCAUUAUGCCCCAUUAUGCCCCAUUAUGCCCAUUAUGCCCCAUUAUGCCCAUUAUGCCCCAUUAUGCCCGAUUAUGCCCGAUUAUGCCCUAUUAUGUCCAUUAUGCCCCAUUAUGCCCCAUUACGCCCCAUUAUGCCCCAUUAUGCCCCAUUAUGCCCAUUAUACCCUAUAUGAGAAUUACAGCUGUUCAGAUUGUCCGAUCAACAGAUUCAAUUUCCGGGAAAUCAGUUGAUGCCUAA